GACGUCCAUUGCGAGCAUCACUGCAUCCAACAUUUAUCCCAACAGCCGACUCCACCUCUCCAAAGCGGAAAAAACCUAUACUUUAUUAGGAUUAAAUGAGAAUCAAGCUCCGUUUAUUGUAUUCUUUUUAUUUAUAGUUAAAACAAUGGAGUUAUACGGAAAGAUGGCUGCUACGCAAGACAACAAACAAAAGGAGAACUCUGAUCAAAACUUUGAUUACAUGUUCAAGUUGUUGAUCAUUGGGAACAGCAGCGUUGGAAAAACAUCCUUCCUCUUCCGCUAUGCUGAUGAUACUUUCACAUCUGCCUUUGUCAGUACAGUGGGCAUCGACUUUAAGGUCAAAACUGUCUAUAAGAACGACAAAAGGAUCAAGCUUCAGAUCUGGGACACAGCUGGGCAGGAAAGGUACAGGACUAUCACCACUGCCUACUACAGAGGGGCCAUGGGCUUCAUCCUAAUGUAUGAUAUUACUAACGAGGAGUCUUUUGCUGCUGUGCAGGACUGGGCGACCCAGAUUAAGACAUACUCUUGGGACAAUGCCCAGGUGAUCCUCGCAGGAAACAAAUGCGACAUGGAGGAAGAGAGGAUAGUGUCUGUGGACAGCGGGAGACUGCUAGCAGAACAGCUGGGAUUUGAGUUUUUUGAGACAAGCGCAAAGGACAACAUCAACGUCACGCAGACUUUUGAACGCUUGGUGGACGUCAUUUGCGACAAGAUGUCAGACACACUUGAGGCCGACCCCGCCGUCACCACAGGAACGCCCACUACCAGACUGACGGACAACCUGACGCCCCCGCAGCAGUCUGACUGUAGCUGCUAGAGUUCACCGUCCACCGUCCAGGCCGUCUGCUUCUGUGGCUUGAGUGCUGUUGCCAAGCUUCCGUCUUUGACACAGAAUAAGUUACUGAACCUCAAAUCUUUGACCUGGCUUUAACUCCUAGUUUUUUGGUGUUAAUGACAUAGCAAACUAGCAAGAUUGUGCCAAACACAAGUGUCAAAACUUGUCCUUCCUUUAUACCAUUAUACCAGUAUACAGGUCUU